AAAUCCAAUGAAAGCCAAUCACAAAACAAAACCAACCAAACCCUAAUUAUUUAACCACAUAUAACUCUACCUCUCAACCCUAAUUUCUCUUUCUUCAAUUUCCAUUUUUGUUCUUUCUUUCUCCCUCCUUUCUCUUGUAAAAAAAAAAAAAAAAAAAGCUGAGGACCUCCCCAAACUUUGCAAACAUGCAAAUUCACCACCACCAAAACCUAAAUUUUAAGCAACCAAAAUCACACCCAUCUCUUUAUCCACCAAUUCAUCACCCCCAACCUCAAAAAUAGAAACAAACCCCAUUUUUCUUCAUUCCCAAAACCAAAAAAAUCCAACCUUUACCAAUUUCCCAUACUUUCACCGCAACAACCAUCACUCCCAAAAAUCUCUUCUUUUUCCAAAUCCAAAUCCCCAAAAUCCAAGUCAAGACAAUUGAACAACCAAAAGAAAAGAAAAAGAAAAAAAAAGAUUGAAGCUUCCCACCUUCAAUGUGGCGAUCAUGGGGAAAAUCAACGGUUCAAACAACACCCUCUUCCCCCUUCUCUUGCUCUUCCUUUAAAGACAUCCAAACCCUUUGUCUCGACGAAUCCCAACAACGCCAAAACCAACACCACCAAGACAAACCCUCUCCUUCUCCUUCUCGCUCAAGAAAACCCUCCGUUUUCCACCGAGUUCGACUCGCCAACUCGUUCCUUCGAACCUGGUCAACUCAUCACCACUCACAACCCUCCAAACUCCACCACCGAACCCACUCCCACCCCGCCCCACCCGUACCCGAUGUCUCACAACCCGAAAACCAACGUCCCAUUUAUUUCCCCGGAACCGAAGACCGCGUGGUGGUCUACUACACCACCCUCCACGCCGUCAGAUCCACCUUCGAUGCCUGCAAGAACGUCUUCUCCAUUCUCUGCGGCUUCCGCGUUCUAAUCGACAACCGUGACGUCUCAGUCGACUCCGGCUUCGCCAACGAACUAAACCACCUCAUGGGCCUCCGACGGGCCGAGUUGGACUUGCCACGUAUUUUCAUCGCCGGCAAGUACAUUGGUGGGAUCGAAGACUUGAGAUACCUCAACGAGAUCGGCGAACUGAAGAAGCUUCUCCAAGACCUGCCCGCAGCGGAUCCCACCGAGUGCACCACGUGUGCCGCUCACAGGUUCAUUCUCUGCGACAAGUGCAACGGUAGCAGAAGACUCUUUGUCGAUAACAAACUUGGCUUCAAAACCUGUCACCUCUGCAACGAAAAUGGUCUUCUCAGGUGUCCUUCUUGUCUUUCCAAUGCACCGACUCCAUUAUAAUCCCACUGUAACAAAAAAUUCCAUUUUUAACUAUUUAGAUUUUCUUUUUCCUUCUGUAACAACAUCAUGUAUAGGCCCAUUUCCUGGGGAUCGUAGAUAGAUAGAUAGAUACAAUUUUUUUAUGUAUAUGCGUGUUGGGUAUGUGUUCAUUCUCCUCUAUCCAACACCACAACGAGUUCAUUAAUGGUUUCCAAUUUAACUUUCUACCGUUAAUAUUACUA